CACAAGAACCGGCUCUCUAAAGAGCGCAGACACGGGUCCCCUCCUAAGGAGCCGCAUCCUCAGCAUCUCGUUACCUAAGACACACCGGGCAAGGGCGGGGAAGAUGCCGCCCGUCGUGGUGCUUCUGAGCCUGUUGUUGGGCACCCUGGAAGUUGGUGCGGCUCCAUUGGAUAAAGAAGAAUAUCCUGGAGAAAUGGUAACGCGGUGUAUAGUAGAAGUACUUUCCAAUGCUUUGGCUAAACCCAACGCACCACCAAUUGAUCCAGAAUGCAAGGAAAUUCUGAAAAGUACAAGGCUUGGCCGCAAUGAAAAGCAAGGGGAAAUACCACAGUUUGAAACAAGGAACCUCAAGGAAAUGACCCUCACUGAUAAACACCUACGUGAGACCAGUGAAGAAACUAAACAAGAAGCUCCAGAAGACAACAUUUCACAGGAACAAGAUGAAAAGAAGAGGCAUCAUGAACAAAGUGAAAGUCAUGAGAAAGAAGAGGAAGGGAGAGACAAAAAGAACCAUAUUGAGGAAAAUGAGGAAGAUACAGGCCAUUCCAAAGAAAGAGACUUUAUAGAGAAUGAGGGAGAAAAUAAAGAUCACAAAGACCAUUAUGAAAAUGAAGAAAUAACUAAAAAAGACAAGGGCAACCUUGAAUCAAGACAUGAUAUUUUUGAUAAGAAAGUUCACACAUCGGAUAAAAGUGUGGAAGAGUUCUCUGAGGAAGGUGAUGAAGAACCUAGAAACUUUGAGGAAAUAAUGAAGAGACACCAUGGACAUAUAAACUGGAAAGAAAACCUAAAACGCCCAGAGGAACAUCAGACUUCUCACUCCUAUGAAGUAUCUGAAGAGUCAAAGGAAGGAGAAGAUGAAGAGAAAAGAAGUCAUAAACCAAAUCAUGACUUUGGCCAAAGGUUGCUUGGUUAUGAGGAAAAGAGAAGCCAUGAAGCUGAACAAAAAAAACACAUUGACUUACACGAAGAACAGCCAUAUUCCCGGGCACAAAAAAGAUAUUAUGGAUUAAACUCUUUUGAGGAUGAUAUGAAAAAGAGUCACUAUGAUAAAAGAACACAUCAUGAAAACCAAAGCUCAGGAGAGUUAAAAGAAAAGAGGCAUUUUCAUAGAGGUAGCGAAGAGGAAAAAGAAAAUAGUAACCAAAGCGAUGAAAGUUAUGAAAAUGAACCAAACAGACAGCAUUUCGAAGAAGUAGAGGAGAAAAGGCUCCAUGAGCAAAGAAAGAGAUGGCCAAAUGGACGAAAUCCAACAGCAAGAUAUAAUUAUGAACAAAGCAAUGAAGAUAGCAAUGAAAGUAAAGACGAUAUUGACAAGCAUUACUUUAAUGACAGGGGUGACAAAGAGAAUCUAUUUGCAAAAAUUAGGCAUCAGAAUGAAGGAGAAUCACCAUACAAGCAUGAUGUGAAAGAAGACAAGAGGCACUAUGUAGGUGAAGAAAUGGUAGAUGAGAUGAAAAGAUUCUACCCAGGGUAUUCUGAGGAGAAAGAAAAAAGACAUAAUAAUGAAGAAUUAAGAAACCAUCACUUUGGGGGAAGUAAAGAAGAUGCUGAUGAAUCAAACUACAUUGACAAUGAAAAAUUCAAACGUCAUUCUGAAGAAGAGGGAAGGCCAGUCAAUAAGUAUGGCCUCGCUGAUAACCAACUUAAAUGGAAGAACAAAUAUUUUGAUAAUGAUGACUCCCAAAUUUUAGACAGUGAGGAAGAAAUCAAGCGUAACAUGCAAAGCAAACACAUUUUUCCUGAAUACAGUGAUUAUGACUGGUGGGGAAAAAAGCAACUUUUGGAAGAUAUGAGUCAUGGAUAUGGUGAAGAGAGAACCUCACCCAAAAUAAACAAGUUUGAAGAAAAACGGCAGUACGACAGAAUGGAUGAACUUGCUCAACUUCUUAAUUACAAGAAAAAGUCUGUUGAGAUUCCAGAUUUUUACGAAUCUGAAGAAAUAAGAAAACGUAAUUUUAAUGAAAGAGGGAGUCUUGGACGGAGGCCUUUAACAGAAGAGGAGGAAAAGGAGUUAGAGAAUCUGGCCAUUAUGGAUAUGGAGCUGCAGAAGAUAGCAGAGAAACUCAGUCAUAAGCGGCAGGGCUGAGCCACAUAAGAACUGCAAUAACUCUCAAAGCUCUCCUAUAUUUAGUUACAUUCCUUGUCAAAAUCACUGCCACUUCAAAAAAUAAAAAAAAACAAAUGUUGUUUAGCGAAGGCAAGCAAAAUGUAGUUUCUUGUUCAGAAAUAGUAUUUUACACUGUCUGAAAUAUUCCAUGUGCUAUUGAUACCAAGAUAGCAUGAUAUAUAGCAUAUAUUCAUCAAUAUACAAGAGACAUUUUAAUACGCUUGUAAUAAUGUUUUCGUGUUUCUGUACUUUAAUACAUUUACGUUUUGAGAUUUGAAAUAAUAAAAAUGCAAAUUAAUCUUG